CCCCAUCACUGCUGCUCUUGUCACCACAUUUGCUGCUGCUGCCCACUGCUGUCCUCAGCCACGUCUCUGUAGACGCCAGUGUGUGAGCAGGAGGAACUCCCCCUCGACCAGCUUCCGCCCAUGACGUACUCCAUCAUCCUGCAGGCUUGCGUCGACUCGUACCGACACCGCAACCUCUCCGCUCACGACCGCUGGUGCAACGCGACUUGGGACAUGGUCUUAUGCUGGCCACCAACACCUGCCGGAGAGAGCGCUCAGUUACCGUGUCCACCGCAUAGGGGCGUAGAUCCUAGCAAGUAUGUGUACAAGCACUGUGACGCGUCGGGGCGGUGGGCUGGCAAGAGCCCGGGGGACUUCACCCUCCCGCAGGGCUGGACCAACUACACGGUCUGCUUCUACGAGGAGAUCCAAAAGCUGAUGAACGACCUGUACAAACGGUCUGAGGAAGACGCACAGUCGAAGCUGGACAUCGCUCAUGGCACGCGCAUCAUGGAAAUGGUGGGCUUAAGCCUCUCCCUGACUUCCCUCUGCAUCUCCCUCGCCAUAUUUUUCUACUUCAGGUAAGCAAGCUCUUCAGUAGUCGAGCAAGAAUCACAAAU